AUGCAGCCGAAAACGUCAGAAACAAGUAAAGGUUUCUACCACUCGUUCGCGGAGUUGAUCGAGUCCCGCUCGGGGAUUGAGGACUUUCUCAACUUCCUGAGCAGCUCGGACUCUUCUUCAUCUUCCUCCUCUUCGUCCACAGAGUCUUCAGAAGGCUAUCAUCUGCUAAAACUCUGGCUGACGAUCCGUGGCUAUCGAGCAGAGUUUUCGAGGAAAGCCUCUCAAGAUGUCCCUCCCAAAUUCUUGAAAUGGAAUAUCAAGUGCUGCAACAAGAUCGCUCUCAGCUACGCAAAACAAAUCAACAAUUUCCCCAGUACUUCAAAUCAGCUUACUUCGCUAAGAAAGACAACUACCAGCACAAUCGAGAAAGUCGAAGAAAUGCGGGUGAAGGCAAAUCUCGUGAAAUCAACGAUGAUCACGCUUAUGGCCGAGAUUGAGAGUCAAUUGAAGCUGAAGCAUUUUCUGUCUUUUGUCAAGGCAAGAAAACCGGCUAACGAUCGAGUUCCGGAAAUUCUUUCUUUGAAUUCGAUGUUUCCAACUGAUUCCGACACCAAUUCGAGCUCCAAGAAACUGACUCCUCGACCAGUAAAAGAAGCAGAAAUUGCCACGAAACGCCCAGAUAUCUUCGCUGAACGGCUCAUCGAAAAACUCAACCGGCUCGUUUCCGAAUCGACUGAAGUUGUACCCACCGUCCUCAAGCCAAAAAGCUCGCCCAAGUGGAAACUUCCUGUUUCGAAAGAUUCUUACAACACAAAGGUUGGCGACUGGCUCGAGAGGAAUCAUACCAGCUCUCCCCAACUAGACAUCAAUACGAAACGAGUCUCCAUCAUCAAACCUGACGCCAAAGCAGCUGUGCUUCCUCCACCACCAAAGCAGCACACUCGACCCACUCGCCAUGUUGGUUCUUCCGUUCUGAGCUCCGAUUCCGGUCUUGAUUCGCUCAAGGUCGACCAUCGUGCAUGCGAAAAUUCCGACGAGAUCAACGCCAUCAAAAGGAGAUUGAUUUCCGACCUGGAAAGUCAGCAAGAAAAACCCCCAAAUCAGCCCCCAAAGCAGACGAAAGUCAUCUACCACUACAAAAACGAGACAUUUGUAAUCCGCAUCGAAGAAGCUACCCUGGCCCAUCUAAUGAAGAAAUUCCACGAUCAGAAAAUCGCCAAAGAAAGUAAAUUCUUCAUCAAGCAAAAUGACGGCGCCUGGGCGGAACAAUCGUAUCUUCACCAGAAACUCGCCACAGAAAACGACCUCGUUGAAGCAAGAGUUGUUUGA